ACCAAAAAAAAAAAAAAAAAUAGAGAGAUGGGUUUCUUAGAAUUAUUGGAGGUGGCUUCAAUGCCAAUCGUCCAAGUUCUCCUAAUCAGCGUUCUUGGUGCCUUCUUGGCAACUGAUUACUGCUCUCUUCUCUCCGCUGACACCCGAAGAUCCGUGAACAAGCUCGUCUUCGUGGUCUUCACCCCUUGCAUCAUGUUUGCCAACCUUGCCCAGACUGUCACAUUACAGGACAUUAUUUCAUGGUGGUUCAUGCCCAUAAAUGUUGGAAUCACCUUUCUAGUAGGAGGCAUUCUUGGAUGGUUGGUGGUCAAACUGCUGAACCCCAAACCUCAACUUCAUGGUCUCAUAAUUGCCACUUGUGCCUCAGGCAAUAUGGGAAACCUUAUGCUUAUUCUAGUCCCUGCCAUCUGUGAUGAGGAAGGAAGUCCUUUUGGGAAUCGGAGUGUUUGCAGAUCCAUUGGACUCUCCUACGCAUCUUUCUCUAUGGCGCUCGGGGGUUUCUACAUUUGGACCUACAGUUACCAACUUGUGAGAAGCUCUGCUACACAAUUCAAAGCUCUUGCAGCUACCGGCGUGGUCAAAACCCCAAACAAGGACAUUGACUCUGAUCCCCACACUCUUCUCCUGAAGCCGCAACAAAACCAAGACCUUGAAAUCCAAGUGAAACAAAAGGUGUCUACUCGGACAUACAUCAAGGACUUACUCCAUCAGAUUCUUGAGGAACUCUUUGCACCACCCACUAUUGGUGCCAUUCUUGGUUUCGCCUUCGGAGCAACCAAUUGGCUAAGGAAUCUUAUAAUUGGGGAGAAUGCCCCGUUGAGAGUCAUCCAAGAUUCAGUGAAACUACUUGGGGACGGCACAAUUCCUUGCAUCACACUCAUAUUGGGGGGCAACCUGAUUCAGGGUCUGCGUUCCUCAGCCGUGAAGACGUCGGUGAUCGUGGGAGUGAUCUGUGUGCGCUACAUCAUCCUCCCCGUGGUGGGAGUCGGGGUGGUCCAAUUAGCAUGGAAUCUAGGCUAUCUUCCUCCAGACCCUCUCUUCCGAUACGUUCUCAUGCUUCAGUUCACACUGCCGCCUGCCAUGAAUAUCAGCACAAUGGCACAGCUGUUUGACGUGGCUCAAGAUGAGUGCUCGGUCAUCUUCUUAUGGACCUACCUGGUUGCAUCCUUAGCCCUCACCGUGUGGUCAACCAUAUUCCUCUCCAUCCUCUCAUGAAAGAUGAUGUGAGAAGCAAAUGGAGUUUCUUGGUUGUGUCAUGUGUGGGUGUAUAAUCAAUCAUUUUCUUGUUGUUGUUAAUCUGUUAUUGGAUUACUUUCCUAGUACUAGUGAUUUCAACCAUGUUGUUGUCCUCAAAACAAAAAGAGAGAAAGACAUAGUUUUUAUGUGGGCUUUUUCUAGAAAAGGGAUAGGAAGUGUGGGCCCAUAAAGAGAGAGAGCCCAAAUAGAAGAGGCGUUGUGAAGAAACAAACGUGCGCCGGCUGCAUCCUCCACGAGUCCACGUUGCGUUGCUGCUACUGCUUCACGCCUCUUCAAUCAUUUCGGAAACUUCUACAUUUCUUCACACCUGUCCUCUCCUUUUUUUUAA